AUGCCACAGCCGGCCUCAGACGACGGUUACGAUUCUGACUCUGGCUCCGAGUUCGACGCCUCUGAUGUUCAGCUCGGCCUCGCAGAUGGACCGCUCGAAGGCGAUGACGAGGCUAACCCGCUCGUCUCGCGCAUCGGUGGUCGCGCCGCAUGGCUUCCUAUGAAGGCUUGCCCAUCUGACAAGAUUGCACAGUGCAAUUCAUGUGAGCAGCAGAUGCAGCUCCUCGUGCAGAUCUUUGCACCUCUCGUCGAAUCUCCCUAUGACCGAUGCCUUUUGGUCUGGGGUUGCGCUAGACCAGCGUGUCAGCGGAACGACGCCUCUUCAUUACGCGUGAUUCGCACGCUCAAAUUCAACCGUCGCUGGGCUGCGAAGCUUGAAAAGCAAAAAGCCAAGCGUCUUGCUCGCGAACAGGCCAAGAAGGAGCGCGAAGCGGCAGCUGCCAAAGCCAAGCAGGAACAGGAAGAGCGCGCCAAGAUCAACCCAUUCUCGGCUCCUGCUGGCGGUGCCAAUGCCGGAUUAGGAGGUUUGCUCUUCGGCGGUAGCUCAGAUAACCCUUUCGCCACCGCCGCCGCUGCUGCUCCUGCAUCAGCAACGCACGUCGCCGACGAGGCGCAAGACUCUGACGAUGAAUCGGGGGAUGAGUCCGACGAGGGGGAUGAAGAAUCCGAGAGCGAGAGGCUAGCCGAAGAACUUGCGCUGAAAUCCGAUCUUGCUGCCUCAGCCCCCACGGCUGAAUCUACAUGGGUGGAAUCGUCGACGCGAUAUCCACCGCUCUACCUGAAUACCGUCCCCGAGCCUUGCUCGUCCUCGCUCUCCAAGAAGCUCUCCAAGCAAGAAGCAGCGAUGCUCAAAUCCGCAUCCGCAUCCGGCGCCCUCACCACCACUGACUCUGCCGCCGACGACGCUGACCUCAAGGGGUUCGCCAAGGAAGGCUAUGAAAAGAUGCUGCUCGACGGCAUCGACGAUACUUUUGAACGUUUUCUAAAGCGGGUUUCUGUUGAACCGAGACAGGCUGUUCGAUACGAGUUCGGUGGCCAGCCAAUUGCUUUCCACGCCAAAGGCAAGAUCUACGAUCUGCUGUGGCCCAAGGAAUAUCAACCAAAAGCGGGACAAGGUGUUGCUGUCACCAAGGGUCAAUUCACCGCCGGCUCUGCUGCUCCUGGAGAACGCUCGUUCAGCGCACGAGCAGUUCCUCCUUGCCAGCAAUGCGGCGCAGAGCGGGUAUUUGAAGCACAACUCAUGCCCAACUUGAUCAACUUGCUUCGCGCGGAUCAGAUCCAAGCUGCCGACGGAUCGGUCGCUCCCGAUGCACUCGAAGUCUCGUUGUCCGAAACGCAAGAUGAAGAGGCGAAACGAAAGGCGGCGAUCGAGCAAGCUCUCGGUCGACGCUUGCCUGGCUCUGCUGAGGGCAACGGGCAGAAAGCGACGACCGGUGACUUGACAUUUGAUGCGAGGACCGGGCUAGUCUGGAGCACAGCAUUUGUGUUUGUUUGCAAAAACGACUGCUGCAACGGUGAGCUGCAUGGUGACGAUGAAUGUUGGCAGGAGGAAGUCGUUCUUGCUCAAUUCGAGGAUGAACAGUAA